CCCCCUCAACUCCUUCCCCACAAUCAUCAGAUCCGCCAGCAAGUCAGGCCCCGCCUUCACCUCCUCCUUCAACUUCCCCACCGUCACCUAGUCCACCAGUUACUCCUUCGCCACCUGUUGCUACUCCUCCUAUGAUCUCGCCCCCGCCACCACCUCCACCAUCAGUGCCGCCACCUGAGAUUUCACCACCACCGGCUGCACAACCACUUAGUUCGCCUCCACCAACUGCAAAACCUCCUGGUUCACCUUCGUCGCCUUCUGCAAACCCCCCUGAAAUUCCACCUUCGCCGCCACCACCAUCACCACCAUCAAAUACACCUCUAAGUUCGCCUCCACCCCCAGCACCUGUGUCGCCCUCACCCAAAAGUUCACCUCCACCACGAACCUCAAAUCCACCAAAAAGUUCACCUUCCCCUCUUGCAGUUCCUCCAGCUAAAUCAACUCCACCUCCUAGGGUUGGUUCCCCCCCACACAGUUCUCCACCAACUCCGCCUUCAAAUUCUCCUCCAACCUCAGCAUCUCCACCCUCGCCAUCAGGUCUCUCUCCACCUUCCACUCCUGUCCCUCCAACCCCUGCAUCAAUUGGUCCGACUGCAAGCAACAAUCCUAAUUCAACUUCCAGUUCCAAUGAUACGGGGAAUUCUGGCUCUGGAAUAGGAACAGCUGGCAUAGUGGCUAUUGUUAUGGCUGUGGGUUUCAUCCUCAUUAGCCUUAUUGGAUUUUCUGUCUGGCGCAUGAGAAAACGAAGGAAAAAGGUUACUGGACUUACUGGAGUCUACAUAGUGCCAUCACCUGGGGACUCUUCCCCUGGAACAGAUUCAUCUGUUAUCAAGACACAUUCUUCUGCACCCCUCCUCGGAAGUACUUCAGGGAGUGAUGCUUACUCACCAAAGGAGCCAGGAGGAAUUGGAAAUUCCAGGCCAUGGUUUACAUAUGAAGAGCUGCUCAAGGCUACCGAUGGUUUUUCAUCUCAAAAUCUAUUGGGUGAAGGUGGAUUUGGUGCUGUCUAUAAAGGAUUCCUUCCAGAUGGGAGAGAGAUAGCUGUAAAGCAGCUAAAAGUUGGUAGUGGACAAGGGGAUCGAGAAUUUAAAGCUGAAGUUGAAAUCAUCAGUCGCAUACACCAUCGCCAUCUGGUGUCGUUGGUAGGCUACUGCAUUGCUGAAACCAGAAGGUUGCUCGUGUAUGAAUAUGUGCCGAAUAAUACCCUCUACUUUCAUCUUCAUGGUAGGCCAGUGCUGGACUGGGCAACGCGUGUUAAGAUUGCUGCUGGUGCUGCUCGUGGAUUAGCUUACCUUCAUGAAGACUGCCAUCCUCGUGUUAUCCAUAGAGACAUCAAGUCGUCAAACAUACUUCUAGAUAAUAACUUCGAAGCUCGGGUAUCAGACUUUGGACUUGCCAAAUUAGCUCUUGAUGCAGAUACACAUAUCACUACACGUGUGAUGGGAACUUUCGGAUACAUGGCUCCUGAAUAUGCAUCAAGUGGCAAAUUGACCGAGAAAUCUGAUGUUUUCUCUUUCGGAGUUGUGCUUCUGGAGCUAAUAACUGGACGGAAGCCUGUGGAUGCAUCACAACCCCUGGGAGAUGAGAGUUUAGUUGAAUGGGCUCGACCUUUGCUAAGCCAUGCACUUGAUAACGAAGAAUUUGAGGGUUUGGCAGAUCCAAAGCUUGAAAGAAAUUAUGUUGAAGCCGAAAUGUUCCGGAUGAUGGAAGCUGCAGCUGCUUGUGUGCGACAUUCAGCUGCCAAGAGACCUCGUAUGGGACAGAUUGUGAGAGCAUUUGAUAGUUUGGCUGCUGCCGACUUAACCAAUGGAAUGAGAUUAGGAGAGAGCGAGGUGUUUAAUUCCGCUCAACAAUCUGCAGAGAUCAGAUUGUUCCAGAGGAUGGCUUUUGGCAGCCAAAAUUACAGUACAGAAUUCUUUAGCCGGUGUAGCUCAAAUAGUUGAAGGACGGUUUUGGUAAAUACUACACGAGGAUUCAUUUUUCAUCAAGAGAGUUUGUGUUGUCUGAGCUGUGGCUCUCAAGAGCUUGUCUGCCAGUUAAGGGCAAAACUCGCUCUCUUGUACCUGUAAGUAGGUUUCUUCAUAAAGUCGAGAGGUGCACUGCCUUACCGCAAUUUUUUUAGGGUAGCCAGUAUUAUAGCAAAUCUUCUAUUGCCACUGAGGUUUAGGGUGGUGUGAAAAUCUCAUUGAUUCAAUUUUGUUCAUUGUAUUCAAAGUCACACUAAUGUAAUUAAUCUCCGCAAUAUCUUACUACAUUCCUGCGCU